AUGAUGUGGCAUAGCCAGCGUGCGCUGCUUGUAGGUGGGGCCCGGCGCACAUUGGCAUCGUCUGUCUCCACGCACGUGACAGUUGGCGCAAUAGCCAUGCUUUUCCAGGCACGUUUUGCUAGCGUUAGCACUAACCCGUACAAGGUGCUUGGCAUCAAGCAGGGUUCACCUAAGGAGGAUAUCAAAAAGGCUUACCGAGUGCUUGCCCGCAAACACCACCCCGACGCACCGGGUGGCUCACAUGAGAAGUUUCAAGAGAUUCAGGCAGCCUACGAGCAGGUCAAGAGUGGUAUAUGGAUCAAGAAGGACGCCGAUGGAAACUCCGCGGAUGCUCAAGGGGGUGCGGACGGUGGCAACCGCUACAGCAAUUUUCGUUUCACAACACGUCGACACAAGAGUAAAGUUAGUUAUGACGAGUUUUAUGAAGAAAUGCACACAGGGAAGGUGAAGAAAAAUCCUUUUGGUGACGAUGAUGCUGAAGAGGCGACGUCGAAGGACCCCCGUCGUAACCCAUUUGCCGGAAAUGAGGCUCUGGUCCAGGCGUGGUUUCGCUUUAUUAUUCUUUGGUCCAUUAUCUUUGUCACACUGCGCAUGACGCUCUUUUUGUCCUUCCCACCCAAGUACGAGAAUGUGCGGAAGGCGCCCAUGCCGGAGCACCCACGGAAGCCGCCCCCGCCCAAACCGCUGAUGCACAAGUCAUUGGUGGCUUGA